CCCGGGCUGCCGGCAGAGCCGGUCCGGCCGCCCGCGGCCUCGGGAAGCAGCGCGGUCGGGUCUCCCUCCAUAUUUGUUUCCUUCCCCAGGGGCAGACGGCCGGCCCGAGGCUUCCAGCCGGUGGUGCAGGAGCUGGAGGUGGGAUGGAGGUAGUGGCAUAAGGACCCCGCGCCAGCACCGACACAAUUAGAGAGAAAAGAGGCUGGAAUCGCGGGUGGUGUGCGCCUGUGGUCGCUCGCCAUGGCAGCUGCGGACCCCCAGGUCCUGGCCUUGGCUGCUCAGGUCGCUGAGAGCGGGGAACAGGACAUCCCCCUGCUGCUGCUGAAGUUAAAGGGAAUUUUAAGUAGCCCUUCCUUGGGAUGUGAAGAAUCAAAAAAAAUUAAGCAAGAUAUAUAUGAUUACGGUCUUACUCAGUACUGCUUGCUGGUCCUUAGGCAAGACCACUCUCGACUGCGGGGAGGCUGGGCUACUGCUGCCCAGCUAGCAGAGAUACUAAGUCAUUGUUGUGUAGGGCUAGAGAUGAAAGAAGAUCCUGAAGAAUUUUACAAGAAGUUUCUUCCUUCAGCUGUAGACAACCUGCUGGUCUUGGGAAAACGCUUGCAAGUGCGAUUUAUCCGAGCAAUCAAGGAUAAAGAAAAACAAGAUUUUUUACACUGGUUCCAAACAGUAACCGAUGCCAUCUGCUGGCUGUUCGGUGGGCACAUUCAACUGGCAGCGUGUGUACUGCAAAAUGAUCGCUUCCUGCAGUUGUUAAUAACAGAUGAUGUUGAAACAGCAGUUAUAAUGAUGGCUGUUUUACACAAUAUUUUGAGGAUCAAUAGUUCUGUCUUCCUUCAAGUUGAUAAAGCGACCCUUCACUCUAUUUUGGAUGAGCUUGUUUAUAAGCUUUCAUCUACCACCAAUCCUGCUGUUGGAAGUGCUGCCACAAAACUGCUGUUGGUGGUGGCAAAAUUGAGCAAACAGCUUGUGCAGUUACUCACAGCUCGCUACAAAGGAUUAAAAGGGCUUUUAAAUAAACAGUGGACUGGCAAAGGAUUUGACAGGGAGCUCAAUCAGCUCUUGGACGUGCUGUAUUUGGAACAAUCCAGUGGAAAAGAAGAAAUGCAGACUCUUUUAUUUCAGAAGCAGCAUCAAGCAGCUUGUAUAAUCCAGGCUGCGUGGAGGGGAUUUCAGACAAGGAAAAGGCUGAAAAAGCUACCCCAAGCAGUGACCACGUUACAGAGAAGCUUCAGAGCUAAACGGGAACAGGAGCAGCAACACUUGGCAAAACAGAAGGAAGAUGAGGCUCUAAAACUGCAAAUGCAACUUCAGAGACAGAGGGCCAUGAGACUCUUCCAUGAACGACAGCUGGCCUUGCUGGAAAGAGUCCAUGCCAGUCAGGUAAAUAAAUACAUGGAGGAAAUGGAGGAUAAAUCAGCAUUAACUAUCCAGAGAUUCUGGCGAGGGUAUAGAGCAAGAAGAAUUUUUCAUCAACAGAAACAAUCUCUUAAGGAGUAUAAAGCAGCUGUCAUCAUUCAGAGAACAGCUUGUAAAUUCUUGGAAAAACGAAGAAGGAGAAGACCUCUCUCUCCUUGGAAAGAACCCAAGGGACUGACUGAUGAGCAGAGACUAGCUUUGCAGCAGAAGGUGGAUGACUACAUCAAAUUGCAUCCGGCUUCCCAAAUGUCAGAAGAAAUGAGUAAAGAAUUACAUAUGCAGGCUCAGGAAAAGCUGGCACAGUUCCUGUUGAGGAGCAGGCUGGAUCAGAGAGCAGCGCAGAGGAGAGAGACAUUACUGGCUCAGGUCAACACCGAUGUGGAGCUGCUAAUGAAUGCUCCAGGAUUAGCAGAGACCACAGAAAAAGAUAUUGGUGUCUUUGUGAGUCGAUCAGUCCCUGUAGCUACCAAGGCAAGACAAUCCCACAACACUAUGCUGAAAUACACUCAGUGGCCAUGGUGGAAGAAGCUUGGAGAUGAGUUUAUGGAGGAUGAUAUAAUUCCUGAUGAGGCCCUAAAUACAGAACUGGAAACGCUCUUUAUUGGUGGAAGAAAAUCCUUAAAGUAAAGCUAUACAGGUGUUAUUGCUUCAGCUUCAGCAGCAGCAGACAAUCUGGAAAACAAAAUCCUCUGGUGGAUGUGGAUAAAACGGAAGGGACAGUGACUGUUCUUCUGCCAAAGGCGCCGCCAAAGUCAUGGAGCUGGAAGAAGGCAGCAAAGGAACAAAACAAACAAGCAAAGAAUUACUCAGCCCUUUCAGAGACGGAGACAAGGCAGUGUCCUCUGCUGGCUCCUGAAAUUGAGGAAAAUUCCUGUUUAUGCAGACAGAUAUAUUUUUUUUUUCAGCUGUAGCUGUAACUGGACUCUGCAAACAACAGGAUGCUCAUCUCCAGCAGAGACACAGGCAUGCGCUCAAGACUGUGCUGCUGAGUCCAAGGGCGUCUCCUGGCCUUUGAGACUGGCUGUAACAGGAGCUCUGAGCUGAGGACAGGAGACAACCCUGAUGCUAUUUCACCCCUCGCCUCUGAGUCUUCUAUGGCCGAUUUCCAUGGGAGCAGAAUCUGGUACAAGCAUCUGCUCUCCACUGCAGCGUAUCACAUAUAUCGAGUACAGGGAGAAAUGAAAGCUUUCUCCUAGUAGCAGAAUCAGGGCUAUUUAUAAAUUAUACUUCAUCAUAAAAGGAGGCAGAUCUUUGCAGGGGGAGCUGCCAAGACCAUUGCAAAACAGGCCUCCAAGUUCUUAUCCUUCUUUACAGCACAAUAGCACCAGGUUAAUCUCCAGGCAUCCUUGUGCACAGUGAAGAACCCUUUAGUAAAGAGAUUGUUUACUACAUGAGUGCUAUAAGGGCCCAGACUGACCAAGGGGAACUGAAGGACAGUUGCCUCCCAUCCCUUCUCCCCUGCUCUCCCUGAAGGUAGGGCUGGGUUUACUCCAGGUGCUGUCUGGGGACAGAAUGACAAAGUCUGGCAGGUGAAGACCAAGGUCAGGACACCGCAGCUCUGGCAAUUUUUCCCAGUUGUGCUGGAGAACUCCUUUGUGACCUUGAGCACACAUUGUUUCUCUCUUUUCCUCUCUCAGAUGAGGCUUACUGUUGCAUUUGUAAUUUAAGGGCCUUCAGU